CCUUAUCACUUAUGAUCUUAUGAAACUAAAUCAGUGCAGACGUUUCCAACCAUUGUGAGCCCAGGACAAUCGACAACUGACUGUGACAUUGAGCCUGGAACUUAAAAAAGCUGAGCGAUGAACAUAACAUUAGCUUCACUCAAUGUGGGGGAAAUGCAGGGACGUGCACUUUUAGACAGACUAUUAUCCAGAUGUAGACAAACAUCAAAUGGUGGAGUAGAGAAGGAUCUAUUUGUUCAUGCGCAUCAAUUGCCAUAUAAUGUGUGGUAAACAAACGUCUUCCCAAUCCAGCAACUCUCCCAGUGUGAAAGUGUAAGGACACAUUGUCUAAACAAAUCUUCCCCGCCCAAGGUUUGUUUUCUGACAACUUCACCUGCAUCUCUCAAUCACUCCCCUGUCUCCUUGCCAGCUUCCAGUGGGAUGCUGCACGGGUGCCUAUCACGCUCUUGCAUUGGCUGCGAGCUCCAAAGGGGAGGUGUAGGGGUGAGGCAUUGUUGGGACCGAUCCUGAGUGGCGACCAGGCUGGGCGAGAUUGCCUUUAUAAACCAGGGUUGUGGAGACCAGGCAUGUUGUCCUCGCUUUGUUUCAACGAGCUGACUGCGCCUGUGAGAUACAAGAAGAAUGCAGAACACGGAGAGAAGAAUAAGCUUAUUUCACCUGACUGGUCUCAAAAUUAAGCAUGGUGACUCUGUCGAAGUUGAAGGAAGAGUUAAAUCAGAUACAGCCAGAUUUGCAAUUGAGCUAGGAGUGGACGCUGCGAACGUAGCAAUUCAUUUUAACCCACGGUUUUCUGACAGUGGCUCUAAGAUUGUCUUGAAUAACCUGAUCAACUCCCAUUGGCAAACGCAGCAGAUUGAGGAAAACCCCCUAGUCAAAGAGGAAGAUUUUACGGUCCUCAUUACGUUCAACGCAGACAACUUUGAGAUUGUCGUAUGUAAUAAAACCACACUGCAGUUUCCAAACCACAGUGAAAAGGAUAUGCUGGAAGAAUUUUGGAUCAACGGGGAUAUUCAAGUGAAGCGUGUGACAAUUAAUAGCCUAAUAAACUGACACUUUUGGGGGGUGUUUUAAAACAUUUCGAGAGAAGAAUGGUGUUUCUUCCAGGAAUUGGGUGUGGGGGAACUAAAGCAAGUAAGCGUAAGGGGAUGUCAGAAGGGGGCUCACCGCUGAAUGUUUUGUUCAAGCUAUUGGAACACUUUGCUUGCCCUUCAGAUGGGCGUCGAGCUGUUUCCAUCUUUACUGUCGCUAUUCCAGCCCUAUUGCUCCUACAGGGAUUGUAGAACAGAUUGCCUUCCCCCCUCUCACAAGGUGUUGUGUAGAGAGCGGAGACCACAUUUGGCCCAUUUCUAUUCAUCAUGGACCUCACUGAUGCACGCAGUCUGCCUCUUCUCCCAGUUUGACCAUUUAUUCAAUGCUAUUGCAGGGGUUUAUUUUCCGACUCAAAUGACACUUUGUAAACAUACGUCUGUGUUGAACAAUUGGUGAUGGGGUGUGUCACCAAGAUUGUAAACUCGAGAAUAACUCGCUUUGCGCUUGUAAUGCAAUAAAAACAUAUUCCCUUCAUGAUUCAUUGUGUCUGAUUCUGUUACUCACUUGGUGAGACACUUUCAUUCCAUCUGACAACGUUCACCUACCUUGAUAGACACAGAAUGCUGGAGUAAUCAGCCGGUCAGGCAGCAUCUCUGUGGAGAAAAUGGAGAGGUGACUUUAGACUUUAGAGAUACAGCGUGGAAACAGGCUCUUCGGCCCAACGAGUCCGCGCCGACCAGCGAUCACCCCGUAUACUAACACUGUCCCACACACUUGGGACAAUUUACAAUUUGACCGAAGCCCAACCUACAAAUCUGUACAUCUUCACGAGUGUGGGA